AUGACAGUCAAAGGCUUCUACCUUCUUGGACAGGACAAAAGCGUCUACCACCAAGACAUCCAAAUCGAUCAAUGCCAUGACUUUGCGUCUCUGCAGAUUACCAUAGCGGAACACUACAACAUCAUCCAAUCGACUGGUAUCGCAUUACAAGACGCCAAUGGAAACGACCUACCAGACUUGGACGACGUCCUUGACUGCGAAGAAGAUCUUGGAAUCACAGUCGACGGUCAAGCCAUUCGCGACCCUGCUGGUCCUACAGGACUUCCUUUUGUAGGCAGCUACUAUGAAGUCUUUCCCGAUCAUCUUGGCAAUCAUGCUCGAUUCUUCCAGAAAUACGGACCCAUCAUCAAGUACGAAUCAUUGGGCAAAGUGAACUACUUGACAAAUGACCCCGCCAUCGCCACUGUCGCCUUCCAAGAGUCUGCUUUUUUCAGCAAGCUCAUCACUCCAGAUCAUCCUUUGGCCGGCAUCAAAGACAACAGGCCAUUGUUUGUAUCCGACACCGACACCGACGCAUGGAGGCAGUCGCACAAGUUCAUCCCCCCUGCCAUGGCACCAAAGGCGGUUCGACACUACACACCUCUAAUGGAGGCUUGCGUAAAGGACUCUUUCAAGGUCUUUGACAAGCUCGAUGAAGAUGGCGAGGCUUGGAAUGUGUACCAGUACAUGCUGAAGCUCGCUUCUCAAACCGUCUUCAAAUUUGCCCUCGGCUAUGACGCACAUCAUUUCGACAACCCGGAUUCACCCCUGAAUCGAUUAGUGAUGUUGAUCGCAUAUUCACUCUCCCUCAACAAGAAGGUCAUGUCGCGCGGCGAAUGGUAUUCCAAGUUGAGCGUGGUACCCUUUACCGACCCUUGGUAUCUAAACCAAAUCCGACACAAACUAUGGGAAAUCAUCAACAAUGCAAUUGACGAAGCGCCCAAGGGAGACACCGAAGACGAUCUUCCUCUGCACUCAGCUGCGCUAGGAGCAAGCUGCGUGGUAGACUAUCUCAAGCGCGCUACCGAUGACCAAGGCAACAAACUGCCAAAAGACCUUGUCAUUCCCAACAUGCUCAUUAUCGCCGGUGCUGGCUUCACAACGACCUCGUCACUUCUCUCGUGGCUAAUAUAUUCGCUGUGUGUGUACGAGGGUAACCAGGACCGGCUGUUGCAAGAGCUUGUCGAUGCUGGAGUUAGCGAAGACACCAAGUGGACGCCUGAACUGUCCGACGGCCUUACCUUCCUCGACAGGUUUGUAAAGGAGACUCAACGUCUGCACAACCCAUCUUUCCAACCAGGGCGCACGGCCCUGGUCGACUGUAUUCUGCCUGGCGGUUAUAAGCUGCCUGCUGGAUCUGUCGUCAUCUGUGCGCUACAUGCCAUUCACAACAACCCGAAGAUCUGGUCCAACCCCGAGCGCUUUGAUCCUGACCGCUGGGGAACUGAAGCAGUGGCCAAUCGGCCAAAGAACUCCUACAUCCCUUUUGCGACUGGUCCGCGCAGCUGCAUCGGCUUCAACUUUGCUCUUGGCGAAGCAAAGGUGAUUUUAGCAGAACUGGUAUACCGAUACGAAUUCUUCAAGGAGGGUGACGAGGCUGUCACAUACGAUCCUGAGUUCCAGCUUAUCCGCCCAAUGAACUUGUACGUUCGUGCGAAGAAGCGAACAACAUGGCCAAAGCCUAGCCCGGGUGCAGUGAAGAUUGCCCAAGAUUACGCGCCAGGCGAGGUGAGGCCCCCAAUUUAA